AUGAAUCAACCCCCAUCGCCAGGCACUGACCACACUGGUCCUGAGGCUGAGUUGGAAGCUCACAUGAAUCAACCCCCAUCGCCAGGCACUGACCACACUGGUCCUGAGGCUGAGUUGGAUAAUGCAGCACCUUUAUACCCAGAUUAUACAAUCCACCGGUGUGGUCUAGGUUGUGUGUCACAAUUACACUACCAUUGUGUAUAUUGUUCCUCAAUAAAAAUCCGACGUGACCACUUUGUGGCCCACCUGAAAGGCUGUAAGAAUGCCAGUACAUCAACCACCAUUCUUGAUGUGCCUCCCCUGACUGCCAGUACAUCAACCACCAUUCCUGAUGUGGCUCCCCUGACUGCCAGUACAUCAACCACCAUUUCUGAUGUGGCUCCCCUGACUGCCAGUACAUCAAACACCAUUCUUGAUGUGCCUCCCUUAACUGCCAGUACAUCAAACACCAUUCCUGAUGUGCCUCCCCUGACUGCCAGUACAUCAAACACCAUUCCUGAUGUGCCUCCCCUGACUGCCAGUACAUCAAACACCAUUCCUGAUGUGCCUCCCCUGACUGCCAGUACAUCAAACACCAUUCCUGAUGUGGCUCCCCUGACUGCAAAUAGGUCCUUCAUAAAACCACAACUACGAAACAGCGUAGUUAUUAAAACAAAAUGCCCUCUUUGUCACAUUACUAUUCAAAAAAAAAAUGUAAGAAAACAUCUAGAGAGGAAACACACAAAAUCUAGGGACGACAUUACAUCAAGUCAUCACCUGUAUUCUGACUGCAUAGACCGAGCUAACGGUGUCUAUGCAGUCCAGAAACAUUUUCUUUCUUCGAGUUCGGUCCAUGUUGAGUAUAAAAUCUGGGGAGCAGAGCACAAUGUCAAAUGUGAGUUGCCAUCCUGUCAAGUGGACAUGGACUUAGCCAGGAGGAGUGGACUAAGCCACUACAAAUGCCAUCACCUCAGGUCACUGGACUAUUGUGGGUCCUUUGCUGACGGUCCUUCUCUUUCAGAAAGUACCCUGUCAGAAAUGGUCAAGCUAAAAUGGUUUGGCAGUGAAAGAAAGAGAGAUUGCCUAGAAAGACAAAGCUUGGCCACCCAAGACAACAAACCCUUGUCUGUGGCAACAAAGGCGACAAUGCCCUCUUUAAAGAGGUGCAUUUCAGUAUAUGAGCCACAUGCAUCAUAUUAUGCCCAACUUGGAAGAAUAAUGGUCACAUAUGAUGUAAAGCAGAACUCCUGGCAUUGUCCUUGUGCCAGGUCAAGAAGAUCCUGUCUUCAUAAAUACAUUGCAAAAUGGCACCUGUUCCAGACUGAGCAUCAGCUUUUCAGGACCGUCCAAAGCACAGAUCAGACCAGUCCAGUUCAUGAAAGUGUAGAUGAUGCAGGCCUACUGUACCCCCCCACAAAAGAGCUGGAAUAUAUGAUUCAGUAUGUCAUGAACAACAAGACCAUCCCUGCAGCUCUUCCCGAGAACCUGCGUCUGCCUUCAUUUUCAAGCACAUACCCAACCAGCCUCAUUCCUGAUGAGAUGUUCUGCCAUAGAUGUGCUGGAAAUGUACCUUUAUCAGACCCUCUGCUCAUCACAUCAAAGGCCAAAAUUCUUACAAAUAUAAGAAUUAUCCAUGACGUUGCCACCUACUCAAAAUGUUGCCACCAAUGUGGAAUACACUACAGGUAUCAUGAGUGGAAAGAUGGCCUGCACAAUUUUAAUGACAGUGUCAUUCUUGACCUCCCUUUAUGCCUACAUCUUCGAAACAUGCUACAGGCCCACACAGCUGUCGGGAGAGUGGUUCAGUGUCUGGAGGUCACCAUAGGGGAACAGUUUCCUCCAGCCAAAACAGUGCUCCAUGCUUAUCUCCAUUUUGAGGCACGCACAAGUCACGAGUACGAAUACUCUUGUGUGACAUGUGGGGAUCAUCCACCCAUUGUAAUCAUGGAUCUCCACAGAAAAGGAGCAUUCAACAUGUCAUUGAGUGACAUCAAACCACCACCAAAGGAUUUCAAUGGACACAUGGAUAUGGACGACUUUUGGGAUAAACUGGCCCUGCAAAUGAUUGGUCGUGGCUUUGUAAAAAAACAGAGUGACAAUCCCUUCACUGUCCACCCCAAUUACCACCUUUGGGCACCAUGGAUUGGAAGAAAUACACGCAAGUCCAGUCAGUGCCUCAACACAGAGUUCCAAAAAAUCCACCAACCCAAAGAAGCUGAGCUUUGCGAAAUAACUGUCUCUGAAGAUAGAAUUAAAAAUGAGCUUUAUAAGAAAAAGGUAUCAGUGAUAAGGAAACUGUGCAAGGAAUGUGGUGUUGAUUCCAUUGGCUCAAAAAGUGACCUCCUAGAGAGGCUUUCAUCUGAGAUGAAAUCUAGACAGACUUUUGACAAAGUAUUCGAAAAGAUUUGGGGUGCCUCAGGUGGAUGGGCUGUAGUCAUGUGCCCUUGUGGAAUUGUGUACAGCAUCAAAUGCUGUUUGCACGCAGAGAGUCCGAGAGACUUUGCAGAUCUCCUCCUCUCAUGGAAACACAUGCCUAAUGUAGUCAUCUAUGAUUUCGCACGAGGACUGGCCACACACACCAAUCUUCGCUAUCCUGAGACGUUAACCUUCACGCCACACGAAGGUCGUCUAGCUGACCCAACAGAUGGCAACAUAAAGAUGGCAAAGGAGGGAAAGCUGAAGAUCUCCUUACCGUGGCAGUAUAAAAAACAAGUCCCAGACAGCCAUGGCCACCCAAUUACAGGCUCAGCAGAGCACUAUGUCCUUAAUGACAAAUUUCAUGAAGACAAUUCAAAAGACGAACGGGAUGCUCUCCGCAAGAUUGGUCUUGUAGCCCAACUUGCUGGUAAAGUGAAUAGCCAGGUUGCGGAACAGUUCUUUAGCAAAUUAAAGAAAAAUAACUACUUUCUAAAUAUGACCCUUCCAUCAACUCACGUCUUCCUCAUGAGAAGUAUCAUCCACCACCACAACAGUCAGAAGAAUUUGAGAAGACUAGAGGCCUUCAAAAAAGUAUUUGGGACAGAAGUGGUGCUGAACAUCAACCACCAGGCUGUUCUUGACCUUAGUGGCUCAGAGGCAACAGUGGAUUUGCCAGACUUUGAUGCCCCUGUAACAGGCAUGGAAACCUCUGCAGAUGUGAACAUGGAGGAAGUGGACGAGGAUAUGAUUGUGGAGGAUGCAGAUGAGUAUUCAGCUCAACCUUGGAUGAAGCCUCAUAAUCUUCUACAAGACAAAUUGCUCAGAUACAUCCUGGACACGGGGCGACUGGCUGAUGAGGUCAUUGUGAAGGAGGGAGCGAUAUGCCUCUUAAGAGAAGAUUUUUGGACACUGGUUUUGAGAAGGGAAAUGGAGUCUGAUAUUGGAAAUGCCUGCAUGAAACGGAUUGAUGAAGAUGCUCGGGCGCAUGGCAAAGACAUAUAUACUGCUGAUAUGCAUGUCGUUACUACGUGGAAAGACAGUGUAGAUCCCUUAGCCUACUUUCCAGAUGAUGCUGACAUGAAGGAUGCCCUUGUUUUCCCCCUAUGGACAAACGCUGCCGGCCCAGAACAUUAUCUGUUAUGUGUACUAAAGCCACUCUUAAGAGAGAUCCUCCUUCUAGACUCCCUGUAUAGUAAUCAUGAGUCUGGUUUUGGAGAUGACCUGUACAGAGACAUCUUUAGGUCCACAGCUAAGAAUAUAAUUGCCACGUUCCUAUGGUGUUUUCCAGGUUUAACACAUGACUUGCCACAACAUGUUGUUGCUGAGAGGAACCGAAUGUUGUUCAACCAGGCUCUGGUGGACUUCAUUGUGGCAAGAGGAACCGAUAACCACAUUCAGUCCAUCAUCAAUGGACAAAAAAAAUCAAAGUGGCUUGACACUUUUUCCAAGUGUUACAUCAAGAAAGUGCCUGUGCCGUUGUUCAUUGAAGAUCAGGAGCAAAUUGAUGUUAUCUUCACUCACCUGACUUCAGUUCUGGACAGCCCACACACACACAGUGACCAGAUCAGAUUCAUUAUGGAUGUCCUUUUUCCAGAGUCCAUCAUCUGUGCUCUCGCUGUUGUGGGACAUGUGUCCAUCUUGGAGGCUGAGGAGAAAUUCCUGCGAGGACCUGUCAUUGACGCUAAGGUACUGUAA